AAGCUUCGAAAAAACAUGUCGUGGUUUUACACAUUCAUAUCCCUCUGCUUCAUCAAUGCCAUCGCGAACCUGGGUGCUGUUGGUUAUUUACUUGCUCUCCUACGGGAUCCGGAAACAGUCCAACACCAAUACUACGUCUAUACAAUGAGUGCUAGGCCUGAUGGAUUAUCGCCAAUGAGCAUCUUGCCUGAGAGGGUGCUUGAGGGAGGUCUGUGGCUCACUCUUGUGACAUCUGCCAUUACGGUUAUCGAUGUGCCUAUUAUGGCUAUGCUCUGGCGACGUAUCGAGAGACGAUGGUUGGCGGUCCUGGGACUCAUGUGUUUUGUCAACGUUCUUCUAGGUUGCUCUGCGUUACUUCAGACGUUUCGAGAUCACCUUGAAUACGUUGGUCCUGAAUCGCCAAACGAAUGGCUUUAUAUAAUUGCACCGACGGCUGGCGCCUACCAUCAAUAUGCCAGCUCCACAGGAGCCCGAAUCAAGACAUUCAGCUGUGCUCUUGCCAAAGCAGCGGUGGAUCCUCAGGAUGAUUUUGCAACUCACUUGUGUCAUAUUGCGCCUAGCAGCAGCUACAGCCUCGUCGAGCAGAGUAAUUAG